GGAAGUUGUUCUAUAAGUAGUUUAAUGUUAGCUUCCUUCUAUCAUAGUUCGUACUUACUCACAAUGAAAAGCGCAUCGGAAUACAUGCGCAAGAUGCGGCUCAUCGACGAAGGAUGAUCUCAAUGUCCUAGACCUUCCUGUAGUGGAUCAUGUUGAUACUUGUACUCGCACAGUGGCGCAGGCGAUUUCGUCGUGUGUGCACACAUACAAAGAAGAAGAAACAAAAAAAAUAUGGGCAUGCAAUAAAUUUAAACUAUCGCUGCAUGCCAGUCGCACCAAAGCGACCGCGCUAGUUGCACGAACAAUGACGCACAUACUACAGCUUUACCUAGUGAUGUAUUGCAGCUCGACUUACACUUGAUAUAUAUUAACAUCCAGCGACACACUCACACGCAUUAGCGUAGUCAUAAGCUACCUGUGUGAUCGACAGUUCACCUACUAAUCACGGUGAGGGGUCGUCCAGUAAGAGCACUCGUCUGUUAAUAGUGUGUAUUCUUGCACCAGGUGCAGCUUUACUGCAUGAUAUUUGAGUGUCGUACUAUUUGUCCGUUCUGGUUAGUCACGCUGUUAGGCUGGAGUAGAGAUAAGUAGAGAAAAAGUAACAAUAUUUAUAGAAAAAAUUCCUGAUCUUUUAUUCCCGAAAAGAAUCGAUUUAUUUCCUUCCAUUCCCUAGGGUGAAACUAACUGAAACGGCAAUGGCGACCAAGAAAAUUGACCUGGACCUGCAUACGGUCUCGGCAGAGACCAGGUUGUUGCACGAUUUCGGACGGCCGAAUGCCGGCGUCGAGGAGGUGUUGUGGACCUGCGCGGUGUCCUCUCCAGAAAUCGGUCUUGUCGCCGUCAGUCGUGCGAACAUGAACAUCGCCGUCUACCGGCAUUGCAGUGACUUUUUCGAUCCUCCAUCGCGGGCACCAUCUGCAGCAGCAGCAGCUGGUACAAGAGGUAAAGCAUCCUACGGCGGGUCCAGUUCCUCCUCGUCUAGCACAUACGUCCCCAGCACCCCGUCCGGAGUUAAUACUGCAACAGCGUCGGCUGCCGGUGCCUCCACAUCAUCUUCCUCGACAUCUGGGUCCUCUACUUUGCAGCGACCUUCAGCCACUGCGACGCGAGGGGGCUUUGCGUUCUACUGCAGCGUGGAUCUCUCCCAGGAGUGCGCGCGCACGAUACGCUCGCUGGAUUUCUCCCCGGCUCCCACCGGCAAGGGCGGGAUCCUGCUCGCGUGCGCCAGCUUCGACGCGAUCACACUAAUCCUGCACCAUAACCCGAACGGAGAGCCGCUGAAGAACGUCGCGGGCAGCGCCAAAGUGAAGCACGAGGACGUAGAACUGGUGUCCAGCACGCCGCUGGACGUGCCCCCCUGGGCCGUAUACCAGCGGUUUGUCGGUCACGACAACGAGGUGAAGUGCGUGCGCUUCUCCCCCUUCGGGUCCUUCUGUGCCACCUCCGGUCGCGACAAGGCGGUCUACCUGUACGCCAUGGACUCUUUUGACUGCAUCGCGGUCUUCACAGAGCACACCGGCGACGUGAAGUACCUCGCCUGGCGCCCCAACCGCGAAGACGAACUACUGUCCUGCUCCUUCGAUUCCACCAUUCGCGUUUACCGUGCCAUGAACGCGAAAAACGCGCCCGAAGAGUGGAGCUUGCACAUGACCUUGGACAACCACUCCAACAUCGUGUGGUCCCUCGCCUACUCCCCGGACGGGUCCCACUUCGCAAGUUGCUCCCAGGACAAAACCGUCCGCGUUUGGCGCGAAGUGAAGGGCUUGGAAGACUACGAACUGCUGAAGGAUCGAAAAAAAACCGCCCAAAGCGAUCGCAUGGACGACGUCGAGAGAAUUGCCACCGAUCUGCUUCUGCUCAAGUACGUGAGAACAAGAAUGCUCUUGCCUUCGUUUUUUGGAAUACAUUUUCAUUGUUUGCUCAACCUUUGAAAUUAUACACAGGAUGACGUUUGUUCUUUGAUGUUUUGACUUUGUCGCACAUGAUCAUUAUCAAACGUAACAGUGGCGACUCGGGUCCUUUCACGGGUAUCGCCCAGGUCACAGGAGGCAACAUUUCAACAGCCGCCGCCCAUGCAUCAGCGUCUUUGUCGAGCGGUUCGAGAACGAGAAGCGCAUCAACUGCAUCCUCGUCGGGCCGAACGGGGAACGCGAGUUCAUCUGCAUCAAACGCGGCAACCGCAAAGGGCACCUCCGCGAACGCGGGAGCUGGGACGUCCAGCCAGCAGGGCGGCGCGUCUGGUUCGUCGCCUGGGAAAAGGGCCGGCUCGACGACCUGGCGCAGCAGAAUUCCGCUGUUCGGGCGCUUCUUCAGCCGCAAUCACGCCGGCGGCUCUGCGGGCGCGGACGCGGGCACCGAGCACGAGCAGAUUGCCUCGCAGCACGACAAAUCUUCCCUGCACGACCGCUACUGGGUGGAGGACUUUGCGAUCGACAAGGUGCACGAGCACUACGUGUACAGUAUCUGCUGGGCUCGCCUACCCGACGGUGUCGGGAAUGACGUUCUCUUCACCGGCUGUGGCGACAACACCCUGCGCACGUUUCUGCUGAACACUGCGGGAGACAGUUUUUCCACCAAAGCGACAAAUCGAAAGACGAAACUCAAGUUCCGGUACGCCCAAAAGACGCAACUGGACAACGAGGGCAGGUGGCUACUAUAUUUUUCGCGAAGUGGAAAACGCCAUUUAUUUUUUCACAACCCGAGUUUUCCUUUUCGUUUUCGUCCAACAUUCAUUUUCAUUUAUUUACGUGCGUAUCAGAAUGUUGAUUUGAGAUUGAACUUUUCAUUCUCACACUCGCACCAGGUGGACGGACCAGGCCAGCAAACUUGCCGAACUGGCGCAAAUCGAGCAACUUACAACCACUCCGCACGACAGCAAGAGGAAAUACCGUCUACUUCACCGAAGCAAGAAGCACAACAAUGACGUCCAUUGUGUCAUGGCGGUUACGGCUUGGAACAACGCAGAUUAUGUCUUCUCCGUCGGAGAGGAUGGGCGCUUUCACAUACAAAACUUCAACAUCGCACGACUUGUCGCAUAGAAGAUGUAAAUAUGCUUAUGAAUUUCUCGAGGCAUAUCAAUAUGUUGCACUUGCAACAGCUGCACAAGUGUUGAUCAUCGUGCUACAAAUCGUGGCACAUAAGACUCGCAUACAAAGAUUGUUCGCGCAACCAACGCAUGCCUCUACGGCUGAUGAACGUUAUCGCUUCUCUAAAGUUGUGG